UCUAAAUAGGGCUACACCCUCUCUUGGCGCUGUCUGAUUACAUCGGCUUUCUUCACUGCCCAAGGCAGGACUUGACUGUGCGCAGGAUCCAAGAAAGAAUUGGAAACUCCUACAUUAUUUUCGGACUAUUGCACGAACAUUUCUUGUUUGAUAUUUCAUUCUUUUAUUUUGCCUUCUGUGAAGAGUUUUCUAGCUACGUAAAGGUCGUUAGUAUGUCUUGGCAAAGCUACGUGGACAACCUGAUGGCUGAUGGCAGCUGCCAGGAUUCCGCCAUUGUUGGGUACACGGACGCAAAAUACGUUUGGGCAGCACAAGCCGGUGGUACCUUUUUUAACAUAACGCCAGAGGAAAUAGAUGUCAUUAUUGGAAAAGACAGAGAGGGAUUCUUCACCGGUGGCAUGACCUUAGGUAAAAAGAAGUGCUCUGUUAUCAGAGAUAGCCUUCUAGUUGAUGGGGACUGGACAAUGGACAUCAGGACGAAGAGCCAAGGUGGCGAGCCAACAUACAACGUUACUGUAGGCAGAGCUGGCAAAGUCUUGGUGUUUGUUAUGGGCAAAGAAGGGGUCCAUGGAGGCGGAUUGAAUAAGAAGGCAUACUCAAUGGCAAAAUACUUGAGGGAUUCAGGGUUUUAGUGUAAUAAAGCUUGGUUAGUUUUACGUGAGGGACAGUAAUGAGAAAAAGCUUUGCUGUUGAGGUUUCUCUCUGAAAACAGUUAAUGUCUGGGGGGUGGGGGGUGGGGUGUUAAAAUCUUUGUCACCUUAUUUGUGUCCCUCAGCAGGGGGUGAACUUUUUUUUUUUUUUUUUCCUUUUCUUUUUUUCUUCAGGUUUUGUUCAUUUGUGGUCUUUUUGUUUCCUUGUGUACUCUAGCAUUGGUUUUAGUCAUGGGAAAAGAAGGUGUCCAUGGAGGGCAGCUCAACAAGAAAGCCUAUACCAUGGCUGAGUACCUGAGGAAAUCUGGAUACUAAAGUGGCCCCUCCCCAUCCACCCACACAGCAGCGCACUCUUUAAGCACAUCUUUAUCCCCAACAUGUUGACGGCACUACCAGGCUUGAUUAGCAGAUGCAUUGUUGUCUGUCUUUUGGUUUUGUCCCCCGCCCCUUUUUUACAAACAUUUUAUUUGUCUGUCACCUUCCUUCCCUUCUCUAGCCUAUUGCUGUUUAAAAUUAUCCUGAGUUGUCAGUUCUUAUCCUGACAGCUGUUUGUCGUGCCACACUAAAAAUGAGCAUGUUUGAUGGUUUUGGGGGGCAGGUUGGUUGUGCAGGCAUUUGGUUUGAUUUCAGAUAUUGAUAAACACCCACAAUUUGGACUUUUAGCCAGAAACAUUUUGCAAUUUGAUGUGAAGCUUAGUCCCAUAGUUAGUCUAAUGGUGCUGCACAUAACAGCUUUGGGUAGAUGUUGUUGCCUCUCGAACGUUAAGAGCCAUUCCUGAGCUCUGAUGGUCUUCCUGUUGUACAGCAUGCCACGGGAGGGUUUACUGCAUGCAUAUCUUUAGGUGAAAUAUCAUUCUUUUUCUUCCAUCUGACCCAUUUCAUCAUACAGUACCAUUGAACUGUUAUUUGUUUACCCUACAAUUGUAGUCUGCCUCAGGAGCGAAGUCUUCAAAAGUCUACCCACCCCAUCUGACCCUCCGAACCCUCAUUUGAUUAGUGAUGCCUUGCAUCAGAUACUUUUGCUGUUGUGAUCGGACGUGGUCUUUUAAGUCGUUGUUAUAAUGUUGGAAUGUGUCGGUGUGAUGGCAGAUCAGCAUUUAAGAGGGGUUUACUUCCCUCCAAAGAGCCUUGGAUCCCGGACUGUACAAGGACAUUCCACCGCUACGAUGGCUCAGGCACUUAAAUCUGUUUUGCCACUUCCUGUACCUUUUUUUUUUUUUUUUUUUUUUUUUAACAACGUGCUGCCAUCCCAGUGUAACUGUUUUUUGUGUCCAGUUUUCUCUAUAGGACCAAUUUUUGUUGCAUCAAGGGGUUUACUAACAGGAUUGCUUUAAACUGUUGUAAAGGGUGACUGCUCGCUUAAUCUGUUUGCUGACUGAACAUGUUAAACACAUAAUCACUCAUGUUGUAACACUAAACUUUACAACUCUACUAGUUCACAUGACUGUAAAAAAAGGUUUAACUUGACAUGUCUAAAACAAAUCAGUGCUACAAAGAAUAUAACACUUAAUACUUGAUCUUCACUCAUGAAUGUCAUAAGUGGAUGGAUUGGCAGUCAGUUUCAACUUUGUCAUGAGUUACUGUAAAUGCAUUUGACUGUCCAUUCAUGAUGUGCAGGAAACCAUUUGGAAUUUAUUGCCUUGUGCUCUUCUCAUCAAAUGCAAUGUAUGGAACUGUCAUAGCACGGUACAAAACAUUAAAAAGACAAAAAAUAUAAAUAUGAAACUGAGAUUGUGUACACUAAAUUUUCUGGGUGGUGUUGGUUGGAAAUAAGACCACUGUAGUCAGUCUUGUGGAAAAUCAAAGGACAAAAAGCUGUAUCCUGUGCCAUAAUGUAGAUCUGUUGCUACUGUGAGAUGGAUUUUAGCUGCCUUGCAAGGAGUACCUUCUUCAAUGGCACUUACUUUGGGAUAUUGGCGUUAAAAACUCAAACUCUUCCAGGGAUUGUGGAAUAUGUACAGAUUAAAAUUAAACUUGUCAGUUGUCA